AAUGAAAGGAGAGUGAUUAGAGACGAACAGUGAGAUUGACCAAUUAUUUCAUUGACAGGAGGCGGUAGCCUUAUCACCGGUUAGGUCGGAUGUCGACUUGCCUGACCGGAUGGUGGAAGUUUUGUUUUAGUGAAGACAGGGCGGCUUGAAAGGUGGAAUUCAACACUUCGGAGUAACCCGAGCACCUUGCUAACUAGUAACGUAGUAGGCUAACGUUCGUUCGGGAGGGGAGCCGAUCCAACGAAACCAUGGGGAACCGGGGGAUGGAAGAUUUGAUCCCCCUUAUCAACAAACUUCAGGACGCUUUCAGUUCCAUCGGCCAGAGUUGUAACUUGGACCUACCGCAAAUUGCUGUGGUCGGUGGGCAGAGUGCUGGAAAAAGCUCGGUCUUGGAAAAUUUCGUUGGCAGGGAUUUUCUUCCUCGAGGAUCAGGCAUUGUCACCCGUAGACCUCUGAUCCUGCAGCUGUGCUUUAACAAAGCCGAGUAUGCAGAGUUCCUACACUGUAAAGGGAGGAAGUUUGUGGACUUUGAGGAGGUCCGGGCGGAGAUUGAGGCAGAGACAGACAGGAUCACAGGCUCCAACAAGGGCAUCUCCCCCAUCCCCAUCAACCUCCGGGUCUACUCCCCUAACGUGUUAAACCUGACUCUGAUCGACCUGCCGGGGAUGACUAAGGUGGCAGUGGGGGACCAGCCGCUGGACAUAGAACACCAGAUCAGGGACAUGCUGCUGCAGUUCAUCACCAAGGAGAGCUGCCUCAUCCUGGCCGUCACCCCCGCCAACCAGGACCUGGCCAACUCUGACGCCCUCAAGAUUGCCAAGGAGGUGGACCCACAGGGUCUUCGCACUAUUGGCGUGAUCACAAAGCUGGACCUGAUGGACGAAGGGACGGAUGCUAAAGACAUCCUGGAGAACAAACUGCUACCUCUGCGUAGAGGUUAUAUCGGCGUGGUGAACCGCAGUCAGAAGGACAUAGAUGGCAGGAAGGACAUCCGCGCUGCGCUGGCUGCUGAGAGGAAGUUCUUCCUGUCUCACCCGGGCUACAGACACAUGGCCGAGCGCAUGGGCACCCCACACCUGCAGAAACAACUAAACCAGCAACUGACCAACCACAUCAGGGACACUCUGCCUGGGCUGCGCAGUAAGCUGCAGAGCCAGGUGCUCUCCCUGGAGAAAGAGGUGGAGGAGUACAAGAACUUCCGUCCCGACGACCCCACACGCAAGACCAAGGCCCUGCUGCAGAUGGUGCAGCAGUUUGGGGUGGAUUUUGAGAAGCGUAUCGAGGGCUCUGGGGACCAGGUGGACACGGCGGAGCUGUCGGGCGGUGCCAAAAUCAACCGGAUCUUCCACGAGCGCUUCCCCUUCGAGCUGGUCAAGAUUGUGUUUGAUGAGAAGGAUUUGAGGAGGGAGAUCAGUCAUGCCAUCAAGAAUGUCCAUGGUGUCAGAACGGGCCUGUUCACUCCCGACCUGGCGUUUGAGGCCAUUGUGAAAAAGCAGAUCAUUAAGCUGAAAGAGCCCUGUAUCAAAUGUAUCGACCUUGUCAUUCAGGAGCUCAUCAACACAGUCAGGCAGUGCACCAACAAGCUGGGUUCUUACCCCCGGCUGAGAGAGGAGACAGAGAGGAUCGUCACCACCUACGUCAGAGAGAGAGAGGGCAAGACCAAGGACCAGGUGAUGCUGCUGAUUGACAUUGAGUUGUCCUACAUCAACACCAACCACGAGGACUUUAUAGGCUUCGCCAAUGCCCAGCAGAGAAAUACACAUCAGAACAAGAAGAGGGCCAUUCCAAACCAGGGUGAGAUUCUGGUCAUCCGCAAAGGCUGGCUCACCAUCAACAUCAGCAUCAUGAAGGGAGGCUCCAAGGAGUACUGGUUCAUCCUGACCGCAGAGUCACUAUCCUGGUACAAGGAUGAGGAGGAGAAAGAGAAGAAGUACAUGCUUCCCCUAGAUAACCUCAAGCUGAGGGACGUGGAGAAAGGCUUCAUGUCCACCAAACACGUAUUUGGCGUCUUCAACACUGAAUCCAGGAAUGUGUAUAAGGACCUGCGUCAGAUUGAGCUGGCCUGUGACACCCAGGAGGACGUGGACAGUUGGAAAGCCUCCUUCCUGAGGGCUGGGGUCUACCCUGAGAAGGACCAGGUGGACACUGAGGAUACGGCCCCAUCAGAAACCUUCUCCAUGGACCCCCAGCUGGAGAGGCAGGUGGAGACCAUCCGUAACCUGGUGGACUCCUACAUCGGCAUCGUCAACAAGUCCAUCAGGGACCUCAUGCCCAAGACCAUCAUGCACCUCAUGAUCAACAGCGCUAAGGACUUCAUCCACUCAGAGCUGCUGGCCUACCUGUACUCGUCAGGUGACCAAAACAGCCUGAUGGAGGAGUCAGCUGACCAGGCGCAGCGCCGCGACGAGAUGCUCCGCAUGUACCACGCCCUCAAGGAGGCACUGCACAUCAUCGGUGACAUCACCACCACCACCGUGACUGUCCCCGUGCCACCGCCCGUCAAUGACAGCUGGAUGCAGGAAGCCAGUCCUACCCCCCAGCGCCGCCCCCCGGCCGCAGCAGCCCCUCCCCCAAGCCGUCCUCCUGCAGUGAGUGGCCCAAGGCCGGGACCACCCCUCAACCCCUCCCCAGCGUUUGGGGGGCCCCCCAUCCCCUCUCGCCCGGGCCCGCCGCCCAUUAACGCCUUUGGCAGCAACAACCAUCAGGAUCCUUUCAGUGCCCCCCCACUGAUCCCCUCUCGGCCCGCUCGCAUCCCCCCUGGCGUGCCCAGCCGAAGACCCCCUGGCGCUCCUCACCGGCCCACCAUAAUCCGCCCUGCUGAGCCCUCCCUGCUAGACUAGACUACCCAGUAGAACCAGCCAGGCUCACGUGUGUGUGUGUGUGUGUGUGUGUGUGUGUGUGUGUGUGUGUGUGUGUGUGUGUGUUUGUUUCAUUGUGUGUGUGUGUGUGUGUGUGUGUGUGUGUGUGUGUGUGUGUGUGUGUGUGUGUGUGUGUGAGACUAUGUGUGUACUGGGGCCAGAGGGGAGGGCUAGAGAGCAGGGGAGGAGGGGGCCCCUAUACAGUAUUUAUGCACAUUGAUAAAUGCUAUUUCAACCAGAUGUAUCUAAUGUAGUCGACUCAAACUGUUCUCUGAUAUAAGCUGCUAACCCUCCCUUAGUCUCCUACACAUGUGGGCUCUCUGGUCUCCACAUUCUAAAGAAGCAAAGGAACCAUAACCACUUGAAUCCUCAGAAUCAGAAGAGAUGUAAUUACACUGUUUUGGAUAUUGUACCAUAUGUAUCAAAAGAUUCAUCAAGACUUAACCGCUCACCUUUGACCAGCAGGGUGCAGUCACGGCAUCCGAUGUGGAUGGUUACAUGGAAGUGACAUGCCCCUAAGCAACCUAUUUUCUGUGGUAACAGAAUUGUUCAUUUCCUCUCUGAAAAUGUGGACUACAGCAUAGUCCACAACCUUUCUAAACGUAAAAGGCUCGCUACCCUCCCUCCCUCUUUAGACGUGUCCUCACCUCGUGCUCUACUACACCCGACACCUCUGUGUAAUAUACACAGACAUCCUGUUAAUUUUGUUGUGGUUUUUCUAACUUGAUUUCAUACUGGAAAGUAGUUAUUAUUAUUACGACUACGGUGGUGUUGAUGAAUACUUUCUUGUUAUUUUAUUUGAGUGACUUGUCUGUUUUAAUGCCCCCUGUAUGUAGCUUUAAAACCAGUCUCAAAUCACAGCAAAAGGAGGCAUAAAAAGACCAUUUAGCAGUGCAGGGCUACACAUGAGGCUGAGAGCAGCCUUCUAAAAUGUGCCCGUUAUUAUUGGAAUGUCCUGCCACCGCUGAGAGAAUGUCAUCUAGAUUGACCACUUGAAGCACUUCUGUGUACAUCCAUACAUCUAGUGGUAGUGUUGAGGUUGUCAUUAAUUUAAGACUAUGCAUAAUAAACAGAGAGGUAGUAGUCAGCACUUUGAGAUGAUUUCUCCACACAUCUUUAAGUAUAGAGUUAUCCCAGCACCUUAAGUCAACCUCACUGACUCCUUAGCCAACCUUCAUUCAAAGUCCCAUUCAGGACAAGGACAGGUAAAGGGGAGAGUACAGUAGGUUCUCCUGGAGGCGGGAAAGGGAAGGGGGAGCUAUGUGGUUAGAGCUGGAGAGACGGCGGUUUAGGACCGACACUUCUUCCUGUCACAAUUCAAUGGUCAUUUGUCUUUGUGGACGAGAGAUGCUCCCGGUAUCUUGGAAACACCGUUGUACAUAGCUGAUGGACAGUCUCAGUACAGACACACAGAGAUGGUGAUGUCUCCAGUUUUAAAAAUAAUGGAUGGAGAAUGAUGUUUAAUGGUGUUCAUUGAAAACCAAACAUUUUAAUGUGUAGUAAUCGUUAUACUAAUUGAAGCACUAACACACAGCCGUUAUAUUGACUUCGCUUGGGAUGUAGGGAAACAUGGAGAUUUAAUCUCCAGAUCGCAUUAAUUCAUUAUUUAUAACCCUGGGCAUUUGUCAUGUAUGGUUUUGAUAGAAAUGAUGUCAGCUGUAUACUGCACCUUCAGCCUACUACUCCUCCUCUGGAAGGGAGACUGAACGUCUUUCUGGUAGCGACUUCCACUACAGGGUUCUAGUUGGAAUAACUGUUGCCACUGGGAGGGUUUAAAUAGGAGUGAAGAGUGUCUCUUCACAGAUGGGAUUUUCUACUGAUCAAUAUCAUUUGAUUCCUCUGAUGGUAAUUUGAUAAUUGAUUUUUGCUGGGUGAAUUUUGGGGUUGGGAUGGGGGGAUGGGGUGUGAGUGACAAAUGGAAGACAUUGAUGUUUUGAUUUGCUGAUAAAUAUUGAGGGUGAGCAGGGGGCGGGAGUUCAACUUUUUUGUUGCUCUUUCUGGUGUACAUACACAUCCUGCCUGGAGAACCUGUCCAAACUAUAUAGAGCUCAGUCCAAUGCCUUGUACCCCUUACAGAUUGUGGUACAGGUAGAGGGUGAAUUUGGUAGGAACUGUCUAAAACCAUAUUUUCUGGGCAGAAUGUGCUUUUCUUCCCAUACAUUUCCCAUCAGGUCUGUCUACAGUGACCGUGCUGCUAGUGGGUGUCUCACUCUGAUCUCAGCUAACUCCAACUAAAGCCUCUGGGAAAUGGAGUCUAUCCAUGCUCCAAAAGGUUUCAAUCUCUUGACCAAGUAUUGAACCCCUACUAGGAGGAAAUUGGGCUUACAUUUAUUCUGUCACUCUCUGAUGUUGAAGAGUCAUAAGGGAAUCAAAAACGUCCCCUUCUUAUGAAUGUGUCCCUGUCACCUGACAGUACCGGUCACUGUAGCCUGUCCCCCUACACCCCAUCUCCUGAUCUGUAAAGUGUAAGAUGUUGGUGAUGACCUUUUCUCCAUACUGGAUGCCCCCCACACUCUCCAUGCUCUGUAUCUUUCAUCUUGUGUGGGUGAGGGGAACUGACCUGCAUCAAUCUUUCUUUAGUCUUUGCAAAGCCUUGUCAAGUGCCUCUAGUAAUUUCCUGGAUUUGAAUAAACAAAUGAACCCAUUUAGAACAUGAGCGCUAAAUAAAGAGGUGUUGUGUACAAUAAA